GGGAAGUUAGAGUCCACCCACUGUUGCUAGAGGAGGACAGAUCCUAGGAUAACACACACAGAUCUUAGCAGAUUGAUCUGUCACCGCCUGUCAUCUGAGGGGAAACUCCAAGGAGGGAAAGAGGAGGACUCCGUGCCGGAUCCACUCAUCUCGUUUGGCCGCAGACCCAGUGACUCCCAUCAGCGCCCGUGCCUCCUGCUGGAUGUGGACAGCCUAGGAUGGAAGACCCACCACAAGCUGCUCUGAGGCACUGCAACACUACACGCUCCACCCCCCCAACUUUGGUCAUCUUGUGUCCUUCUCGUACGCCGACACAACUGGCUGCUUCGCCGCCGUCGCUUGUCAGACCACCACCGCGGCGUGACGAGAUUCCAGGAUGUUUUUCAGGUUCCGCCGAUUACGGAGAUGCCAAUGUGUGCAGCUGAUGACCACCUGCCUGGUGCUGUCGGUGGUGAUGGUCUGCUGGGAGCAGCUGGACAACAAUGUGGUCAGUCACGUCAAGUCCUACUCCUACCGCUACCUGGUCAAUGGCUUCUCCUACAUCAACAAGAGCUUCACCAUCCCACGCGAGCAGGCCACAAGUUUCAGCAACUUCCGCUACCUGCUGGAUCACCCGGACAAGUGUGCUAACAAGGACGUCCUCCUCCUGCUCUUUGUCAAAACGUCCCCAGGGAACACUGAGAGGCGUAAAGCCAUCAGAUCCACCUGGGGUAAUGAGACCUACAUCCAGAACACCUUGGGAGUGACUGUCAGGGUGGUGUUUGCCUUAGGAUCGCCUCGGACCAAGACGGAAGGGCCUUCAUGGAGGAAGAGGAGUAGGGUGGGCCCCCAGGAGCAGCUCAUCCAUGAGGACCGUCUCCAUGGUGAUUUGAUCCAGCAGGACUUCUUAGACACUUUCCACAACCUGACCCUGAAGCUGAUCCUACAGUUCCACUGGAUGCACAGCCGCUGUGCACACGCCCGCUUCCUCAUGACGGCCGACGACGACAUCUUCGUCCACAUGCCCAACCUGGUGAGCCACCUGCUGGACAUGAGCAGGAGACGCGUCACAAAGUUCUGGAUCGGUCGAGUGCACAGAGGGGCGCCCCCCAUCCGCAGGAAAACCAGCAAGUACUACGUGCCCUACGAGAUGUACCCGUGGAUGUCGUAUCCUGACUACACGGCAGGGGCCGGGUAUGUCGUCUCCAGCGACGUAGCAGACAAAAUCUAUCAGGCCACACUGACCCUGAACGCCUCUCUUUACAUAGACGAUGUGUUCAUGGGCAUCUGCGCCAACGCCGUCGGUGUGUCCCCACAAGAGCAUGUCUAUUUCUCGGGGGAGGGCACGGCGCCCUACCACGUGUGUAUCUAUGACCAGAUGAUGACCUCACAUGGUCACGUGGAGAAUAUCUAUGACUUGUGGAAGGCCUCGACACGCCCACAGGUGAAACGGGGGACCUCUGGAGUCUUAGGCAGGCUGUACUGCACGGCCGUGAAAAUGGCUCUUCUUUGUAAACCUUACUAUGUCAACACAUACCCCUGCAAAGCAGCCUUUAUGUAGUGAUGAAUAGGUGUUUGUGUGCGUGUCAGUAUGUGACAGAGAGCAAACGGGUGUGUCAUGGAGUGGGUCUGUGCAACAUAAUGAAAUGACGAACAUCGCUGCGAAUAUUACCUCAGUCCUUUCAGUCGGACACCAGCGUCUGGAAAGACUGGAAACCUGUGGUGUGUGAGGAAAAGAGGUCACAUGAUUUAUCUCUGUUAGUGUGACAGCACCAAAAUAUCAAUGACCACUGGUACAACAAUGCACUGACACUGCCGUUGGACUGACUGCAGAAUGUGAGGAAAAACAAGGCACUCAAAGCAACUUCCUCUCAUUUACCUGCUUUAUUACAUUGACUGUGAAAUAAUAACAUUUUUCUAAAAGUUUUUUUAACCCCUGAUGGCCCGAUAAGGAGAUGUGUUUUUCUGAUGGUGCAAAGCAGAAGCGAAACAUUCGGGAGGUGUACGUGUGAGUUAUUGUAAGAAAAACGGUCAGACCGAAAACCCCCAUAACGUGUAACGGCAGAGAAGACUUCCUGUGCAGUAAUGACAAGCUACAAAGUUAAAUAUGUUAUAGGAGGUUUUCUUUUUUUUGUAAUGGCAUUAGUGCUUUUUUUAAUGAAAUAAAAUCAACACUCUUGUUUCAAGUGACAAAAGAGGUGUCAAAUUUAUUUUUUCAUGUAGUAAUAAAUUGUGUCAGUUUGUUGCCCAGGAAACAUGAGCUCAGGAAACCUCUUAGUAUGAGGAAGCUAAACCAGUUGAGGAUUGAAACAGUAUCUCAAAACAAUCUGUCCCAGAUAUAUAAAACACUCUGUUUUUCGAAUUAUUGUCCAAUGAAGUAAAUUCUCCAAACAUUCUCAGGAAAUGGGCAGUGUUUAACAACAUAGAUUCCUAGGGGCACUUUGGAUCAGUAGAGCGGUAAAAUAGUUUGACCUGCUCUUUCUGUGAAGAGAUUGCAGGAGAUUCCUUCCUUGGGCAACAGGAGCAUGACACACAGAUUGAAAGUUUAGUAAAACUUCCUGUAAAAGGAAUCAAAGGUCAAAGGUCAAUCCAAUAGAACACCAGUUUACAUUCUUGCUGAGGAUCGACACGCCUCUUAUGACUUUCUGACAGUUUGCUUAGCCAAGAGCAAAAACUGGAAACCUGGGCAUGUGCCUGCCACUACUUUUAAAGCUGAUUAAUUAAUAAUAUGUUAUCUCAGUCGUUUAAUGAGUCCAAAAUGCAAACUCAAAACAAAACAUGUCAGACAUGUAACACAGGAGUUAUGCAAUGCACUUAGUCUUCUGCCAGGCACCACUUUCUGCUAGUUACUGUUGAACCUCAUGGUGAACAAGCGGGUGUCCCCUUUUUUUAACUACACCCUGUUGUUUUGGUACAACCCUGCUUUCAACAAAUUAUGUUUUUAUGCUACUAAUUUGCAACAGCAAAUACAUUUUGAAGGAAAAAAGUAGGUUUUUCUGAUUCGUUUUCUAUUUACAUAAUUAGAACAUAAUUAGAAUACAUUGUUUAUUUAUUUUGAAAAUUGCAAAUGUGUUGAUACUGAGUAUAUUUGUCUACAGUGGGACAUGAACAUAACAUAGGACACUGGUUUUUUUUUACACUGACACUAUAACCACUUUUCCAUCUGUACCAUCACCUAGUAAGCUCAGCUUGGCAUAAACCACAAUUAACAUCCUGCUGCUGUGUCGUGUAUAUACUCUUUUCUGCUGCAGACACAGAUAUGUUUCCUCAUUCAGAUUAUUCCAUGUUAUAGUUAACCUCAUCUGACUGAUGUGUAGUAUCGGUACAUGAAUUAAAAUGUCA